CGCUUUUAUCGACAGUUUGACAAAAGCUGUCAAAAAAUUGUAACCUAAAAAACUGGGCAUUAUUUGCGGAAAAUUCAUUUAUUAGGUAAUUUCAGAUAACGUAAAAACCGUAAUUUUGUGUUUUAUUAUGUAAUGAAUUCACGCAUCGUAGUUUGGUUUCAGGUAAUUCGAAAUUGCACUGGAGGCUGUUUUGGUUAUGCUGUGACGAAUAAUGAAUGGAAAAUACAGGUUGUUGCUGCUAUUCGUAUCAAUAGUGUUCUUGUGGAAAUGUUUCCAAUAUUUCGCGAUUUUUUCCGACCCGCCUGAGAAUGAGAUCAGUGCCGAUUUAAGUACGAUUCCGAAAGUGAAAGUCUCGGUUUAUUAUGAAGCAUUAUGUCCCGACUCAAAAUUUUUUAUCAUCCAUCAACUGCUGCCCGUUUACGAGGAGUUGAGAGAUUAUCUAAACAUUGACUUUGUGCCAUAUGGAAAAGCCAAGACUGUUGAAACUGAAGGUAAAACGAUUUUUUACUGCCAGCAUGACGCAGUCGAAUGUUUUGCCAAUAAAAUCCAUGCUUGUGUGAUCGACUUUGUCGCCGACCCGCUGGUUAGGGCAAAGUACAUCGCUUGCAUGAUCACGGACAAUAUGAUCCCUGACGAUGCCGGAGAAAAGUGUGGACAAGAAUUGGGGGUAAAGUACGCCCCGAUUGGCGACUGCGCUAACGGCGACCGCGGAACAGCCCUUUUGAAGGGAUACGGCGAAAGGACACAUUCCCUGAAACCCUCAGUUAAGUUCAUUCCCACUAUUGAACUGGACGGCAGCCAGACAGUUGUACCCCAAUCGGCAAUUCUGAAGAACUUGCAAAAGUCGGUGUGUCAGCUCUUCAAACGGAAGCCAAGACAGUGCGGCUAGAUCUCAAAUCAAAAUCACUCUGCAUUUAUCUGUGUCGCAAUUUUUUGAUAAAAGUGUUUGUAAAUAUUUUGGAAGGUACUGUUGAGUUAUUUAUGUGUUGUUGUAAACAAUAAAUUUUUUCGUAAAGAGA